AUGUAUGGGAUGCUUCUGGAGAGUGUCAUGUACUAUCUGAUCGAAAAAUAUGGUGAAGAAAAAUGGGACAAGAUCAGAGAACGCGCAGGCAUAAAUGAUCAUAUGUUUAUAACUCACAAACGCUACAGUGAGAGUAUGAUGCAGAAGAUCGCCGACGCCAGUGAGGAAGUUCUUGGAGAAGAAACGGGCAUGACGAGCGACGAUUUUAUGCAGUUUUUUGGCAGCUGUUUUGUGAAGUUCUUCAGUCACUACGGCUACGAUCGUAUAAUUCGUGUAAGCGGUCGGCAUUUGCGGGAUUUUUUAAUCGGCAUUGACAACUUACACGAGCACAUGCGGUUUGGUUACCAAAAGAUGCUGUCGCCAAGCUUCUUCUGCGAGGAAGAAACGAGUGCAGGCCUAACGCUGCAUUACAUCUCGAAGCGGAAGGGCUUCAUGCACUACGUCAUUGGACAGGUCAAAGAAAUUGCUUCCUCGUUCUACAACUUGGACGUUGACGUCAAAAUUCUGAACAACGAAGUCACCAACACGACCACUCACGUGGUAUACCGCCUCGGAUUCGAAAACGCUGGCUAUAAACCUCCCGCCUCAGACCCUUUAUCGGUUCACAGCAAACGCAGUGUCAGCAUUGAAGUAUUUUUCAAUAUAUUUCCAUUUAGUUUUGCGAUUGCGCGAGAUAUGACAGUGCACAUGGCAGGACAUGGUAUCAUUUCUACUGUGGGAAAUCGUAUUAUAGGCAACGACGUGAGGGAAUCGUUCACAAUGAGGAGACCUAAAGCAGACUUUACAUGGGACACGGUAAGGUGACUCAUUUCGGCCACAUGUUGGCUUCUCCCCAUUCAAGCUCCACGCUUGUUAGUCUUCUUGUUUUAAAAUCGUGAAUGAUUUGUUUUUAUUCUUCACUUGUUUGGUUUAGUUUAUGACAAGGCACGUGAUGUUCGAGUUGGUCUGCUCGCUUCCGACGCUACGACGUCCGACAAGAGCAAAUUUCACGCUGCAACAAUCGUCUUUUAAACUUCAAAACAGCAGUAUGGAGUGUCCACUUUUUGUCUCAACUGAAAAUGAGCAACAGUACGAUUCCAUGAUGUCCAAACAACCAAAGCUUCACCUCAGGGGCAUGAUGAAGUUCAUGCCAUCAUGGAAUAAGAUUAUUUACAUCUGUUCACCCUUGUAAGUUUUUAAGGUUCUUUUUCUUUUUUUUUUAUCUUUAAGUUUCUGAUAAGACUUGUCAGAAUUUAAAGAUAUUUUAGAAACGCCAAAUUAAGUAUUAUUAACGAAGGUGAUGAUGUAAAUUGGCCGCAGUAAAGAGUUUCAAAGCUGACGUUUAGAGCGUUAUCCCUUAGUCAGAGCGAAUAACGAUUGGCAGCGCUCAAACGUCAGCUUUGAAAAUCUUUACGUCGGCCAAUUAACGCUCCUGAAAUGCAAUUUUUUCCCAUAAUCUUUUUCUCUACAUGCAGAAUUGGGGGUGUCGAAGAGAUGAUGCGCAUAGGUCUGUAUAUGAACGACCUUGGACUGCAUGAUACGUCUCGUGAGAUGGUACUAUCUGGGAUUAAACCACUGCCUCAGCUUGAGAUGGCAAGAGACCAUGUGAGUCCAGGAUUCAAGCUUGCUAAGUGAACUUUUCAAGCUUUCUUUGUGCAGAUUAAGCUUUUAAAAUGCCUCAAAUGAAUAAUGCCCUUUUUUAUUCGCUUAAUUAGGAAUUUGAUAAAGGAAAGGCCCUCGAAGAAAACAUGGAGAAAUUGGCGCAAGAGAGAAAGCGGAGUGAAGAGUUGCUAUAUAGAAUGAUGCCCAAAGCCAUCGCUGACAGACUGAGGCUGGGGGGCAAAGCUGUCGAAACAUGUGAGGUUAGACUAAUCGUAACGUUUAUCUUCCAUCAAUUUUCCGAAAAAAAAAAAAAGAUUAAGAUGUUUUUCAAGGACAUGUCUUAACUCCUCAGAAAGAGGCUUAUCGAAAGAUGCUUCUAAACACUUACGCGAUGAUUAUAAAAAUAAGCGAUGCGUAAACAUGAGGUUUUGGUGACAUGUUUCUAUUGUCAAAUGCAAGGAAUGAGCGGCUAAGAACGAUAUACUGUAAGUAAAGAUGUAACUUUUUAAAUUACAUCAGUGCAACUGUUCAUUUUGCUUCAACUCCUUCAUGUGUUAAAAAAUUUUACUCUUGAUAAUGGUGACAUGUUGCCAGCGAAGCUACAUGUUUCAGCAAAGCUUUUAUUCCUAGGUGGAAAAAGAGAAAAAGAAACUUUCAAGAGAGAAAUGGGAAUUUGGACAUUUAUUUCCUUCUUAUUGUGUAUUCAACUAUUUUAGUCUACAAUUCCUCUUACAGUAUUUUGAAAACGUCACCGUCAUGUUCAGUUACUUGGACGGCUUUGUCGCCAUCUGUUCUCAAGUGGAUGCCAUGGAGGUUGUCAACCUUGUAAAUAACAUGUUCACAUCUUUUGACAAGUUGACUGAAAAGCACGAUGUUUAUAAGGUGAAGAGUUUAAUUCGUUUUCAAGUAGUGCCAGCUUAGCUAGAUUCGUUCGCGUAAACAAUUCAAAUACAAGAUGUACUGCCAAGCUGUCACGGGAAGAUGGUAAAAAACUGGGCCUUGAAGGCAUUCUUAUCUGGAAUUAAUGGACUUACUUCUGGAAUACGUUUUUUGAAGCUUAACUUUUUCCAUAACUUUGCUGCAUCGUAUGAAAAAUAUCGUUCCUUAAAAUGCAAUUAGGAAAAUAUCUCUAAAUUAGGCCAGACUCCUCAAGCAAGUUGUUUGGUUGUGACAUAUGCCGGUGGCAAAAAUAAGCUUGCAGCGUUUCCGUCCUUUAGUUUGAAACGUUAGGAGAUGCCCUUUACAUGACGGUCAGCGGUGCUCCAGUGAAGAAGGCGCUCCACGCCGAGCCAAUAUCAGCCAUGGCACUUGACAUGCUGGAAGCUGUCAAGGAAAUCGUGAACCCUGCCAGUCAGAAGCCAAUAACAAUAACUAUUGGUGAGCUCUGUAGAUUUUACCUAUUUUAACCACUUGCUAACUUUACUUGUUAACACACAAAUGCCAUAGAAUUCCUAUAACUUUUUCCAACUUCAGAGAGAAGCGUUAGCUAUAACGUACCUUGAAGAACAACGAGGUUAUGUUGAUUACGAGCUCAGGAUCCCUAUCGUGAAAUAGUUUCAGAAGGCCCGAAUCAACCUUUACGCGUGGACACCGAGAGCGAAUAAUCAUGGUGUUAACGUAUAAAUCUUAGAUUCGUUAUAAAUUAAUCAAAAAGGCGAGAGAGGAAUAACAAUAGAUGUCCGGAUAUUUGUUCAAGGGCUUGAUAUAUCCUGUUCAAAACAAACAUCAUUCUGGAGACUGUAUCAAGGCAAUCUUUAGCAAUCAGGGUACUUUGUUUCCAUUUCCUCGUAAUAUUUUUUUUUGGGGGGGUGGGGAGGUAGUGUUUAUAAGUCCCGUUGGACAAGUAUAAUAAACGUAUUGUUUUAUAUACUUAUCAAUUCAUUCGUUUUGCAUAUAGAAACUAGUAGUUCCAUUAAUUUAGCUUGUAAUUUAUAGAUCUUUUAGUUGGGUGACAAGUCUUGUUUAUGUUACGUAACAGGUAUGCAUUCAGGCCCUGUAGCGGCUGGUCUAGUGGGUGAGAAGACACCUCAGUAUUGCUUAUUUGGUGACACAGUUAACAUAGCCUCGAGGCUAAGAACCACUGCUCUGGUAAGCAAAUGGGAGAGCAUCUGGUGCGGGCUAAAAAUAUAAAAAACUCACACAUGUCUAUCAUUGAGAGUUAAACUUUGGAGUAUUUACUUACUGGCAUCAGUAAAUCUUAAAUAACCCCGCCCCUCCCCUCCCUGUAUAGAAUGUAGAUUCUCUUUAUUCCAGACUAUAUCAUUCGCCAAGAUUUAUGAUUUUGAAGGCCAACACCUUCAAUAGUAGCCACAUCCAAACAUUUUAUGCAUUUGCUUAUUCCCCUUUUAGCCAAUGAGAGCACACAUCAGCGAAGCCACCAGAAAGUGUUUGGAAAACACAGACUUUCGCAUUGAAUUUCGAGGAGUGGUUGAGCUAAAGGUGCAGCAGUGAUAAGUCUUCAUUUCAGAUUGCGAUGAAUAUUGUUAAUAGCUAACAGGAAUGGUAAAAUACUAAAACAGCGAAGCGAUUUUUUACAACUCUCUUAGGAAAUUUAUAGACUUGAUAUCAAUGUUCUUCGUCGUCCUCUUUGUUCGUUUUCUGUUUUUGGUUGGCGGGGAGGAGAAACAUUUUAAGUGUUCUCUAGAACCAAAUCUAUCAUGCAGACAUAUUAACAUAACGGGUUCCAUUUAAGUCCCUUUACAUGUUUGGGUUUCGACCAUAUUCCGGGCGCAGCUGCCUAUUACACAAUCGGCAUUUGCCUAUCGACAAUGUUAUCAAAAUCCCUGAGUGAUAUUUGUAUCUGUUCAACAGGGGAAAGGAAAGACACGAACGUAUUGGUUGACAGGAAGGAAUAACGCCACAAAAUGAGAUUCUUGUGCUUUUUUUUUUUUAAUCUUCACCA